GCGUUGUACAUGUAGCGCAGUGUAAAGAUUUCGAUGAACGAAGGUGAAAGUUAUUGUUGAAAAAAUAACCCUAAUUUCUCUCUAAUUUGUACUAACUUCUCACAAGCUGGGCUCUAUCGGGAAUAUGAAGAGGCGAACUGCCGACUGCGGCAGACCAAGACGUCCUGUGAAACGUACGAAGAUCACGGAGGGUAUUUACGGCAGUAGUACUUUCCUCUACCUGAAAUUUCUUGGAAUAUGGGGCUUUGUUCUGCUGCUUGAUUUUCUUCUGGAGUUCCGCUUUGAGUAUCUGUGGCCCGUCUGGCUCCUCCUGAGAAGCAUCUACGACUCCUACAAGUACCAAGGCCUGGCCUUUUCGGUGUUCUUCAUUUUCAUUGCCUUUACUUCGGACAUGAUUUGCCUGCUAUUCAUCCCGGUGCACUGGCUGUUCUUUGCAGCCAGUACCUAUGUGUGGGUCCAGUUUGUUUGGCAUACUGAUCGAGGCAUCUGUUUACCAACGGUAGCGUUAUGGUUGCUGUUUGUUUACAUUGAAGCGUCAGUGAGACUCAGAGGGUUAAGAUCAGUGGUUCCAUUUCAUCUGGAUCUAUGCAGGCCUUUCGCUGCUCACUGUAUUGGCUAUCCGGUAGUAACGCUAGGGUUCAACUUCAAAAGUUAUGUGAGCUAUCGUAUGAGGCUAAGGAAGCAGAAAGAAGUUCAAAAAGAGAAUGAUUUUUAUAUGCAGCUUCUGCAGCAGGCACUGCCACCAGAGCAACAAGCGGCCAAUGGGGUCGCAGUCACUCCUGCUGAAAAACCUGCUAAAGCUGUUAGUAAAAAGCCUGAUGAGCCUGUCGCAAACGGAGUUGCCGGUAAAAAGGAAUCACCGAGUAGCAAGCAACCAAAGAACCAUCCUGCGGGGGACGGAGGGGGAGGGGGUAACGAGAGAAGCAAUGUGACUAAAGACAGCCGUAAUAAACAUGUCGGAGCAAACAAUGCCAGUACGCAUGCCAAGUCCACGUCGACUUCUCAACAGGACGGCAAUUUCAUGGACACAAAGACUUGUCAACUCUCAUCCUCCUCCUCUUCUUCAACUUCAUCAUCAUCAUCGUCGUCGACGACAAGCAAUCACUCCGUCAACGAGUUUGACAACAUGAAGGAAAAUCUUGCCAAUGAGCAGACGCAAGCCAAGAAUCUGAAGCAGAUUUCGGUUGGGUCGUCGACACGGCAGCGCAACCCUUCACCCGUGAUGAAAGAAAACAGUUCGUCGGGGCAGGGGAGUAAAAAGCCCAAGCCGCUGCCUUCCAAGCUAGAAAAUAAAGAUAAGGACACUAACGUGAAUGCAGAGCAAGCAAGAACGAUAAAUAGCAACAAUCAGCAAGUAAAAACGGAUCCUUCAAAGUAUACUAUAGCAAGGUUGGAGUCUGAUAUAAAGAAGCUGAAGGCUGACCUUCAAGCCAGCCGUCAGGUAGAGAGUGAUCUUAGAAACCAAGUCAACAGUCUUUUAGCUGAUGAACUGCAGGAUAAAGAGGUCUUGGAUCAGUAUAAAAAAGAUAAUGAGUCUCUUCAAAAUAGAUUGCAUAACCUGGUGACCCAGAAGCAGCAGGACAAGCAGAAUAUAAGUCAGCUUGAGAAGAAAGUGAAGCAGGAAAGGGAUGGUAGAACAUCUCUUGAGAACCUCCUCAAAGAAGAACGAAAGAAUAGAAAAGCUGAAGAAUCCUGUAGGCAAUAUUCUCAUGCUGGUGGUGUAGAUGAGUGCACAGAAAACUGUCGGAUGAGACGCCAAGACCAGGAAAGCGAGAUUCAGCAUUUAUUGAAAGAAACAAGAGACAAAGGGGAUAAAUUGAGGGAUUUAGAACAAAAGAUUGAGCUCCGGGAGCGUCAGGAAAUCCAGAGUAACAACGAGAGGCUGAUGAAUGCCCUGGUUGCCAUGCAAGACAAAACAGCUCAGCUGGAAAAUAGUCUAAGUGCAGAAACCAGACUUAAACUAGAUCUCUUCUCAGCUCUGGGUGAUACCAGGCGACAGGUUGAAAUAGCUCAUAGUCAAUUACAUCACAAGGAUGUUGAGAUUCGUGAGUUAAAGUCAACCAUAGCUGACCUGAUGGCAGUGAUGCCCAUGUCCAACUACCCUGCAUCCUCCAGCUCUGGCAGUGCAGUGGCCUCCCCGCGGUACUCGGUCAACUUCUGCAGCCCGCGCCAGCCACAGCCCGACGAGAGCACCCCUCCAACAGUGGUCACCAAGCCCAUGGCUGGGGUUUCCCCUCUCGUCCAGCAGCAACCACCACAACCACCUCAGCCCCAACCGCAGCAGCGCUCCAACCCAGGGACACCUCCCCCUGGGGCGCAGUCGCAGGGUACUUCCCCCGCGAAGACAUCGGUGCUCGACCCCAACGCAGCCGUCUACAGACCUAAGAGUAACUAGAGUAUAGAGAAAGGGAGAACAGAUUUAAAAAUACAGAAUUUUCUUGCCAAGGUGUUCUUUAGUCAUGUUGUGAUGCUUCAUUUUCGCUUGCUUAUCAAUGUCGGUGUUCAUUGUUUGUAACAUAGCUCACAUAGAUCACAGUCUACGGAAUUCAUUUUCCAGAAACACAUUGUGAAUGUGUGUUGCCUCAUGAAUCAUCCAAAAAUUCUAGAGUAAGCUGGUAUGGUCAUUUCCUGCUUACCAUAACAAUUCAUCAUACAACACUUAUUUCACCCAUUGGAUGUAAAAGUUUUCAGUAUACUACAACAGGGCUUUAUAGUAAUCCAAGGCCAUGGCUUUGUGUUUCCUAUCAAUUGGCCUAAGUGCUCCAUUCACUGGACUUUAAUAUUUUUCAUUCGCUUUUUCAUUCGUCUCAACUGUGCUGUCUUAUCGAAAGUGGCCUUGCCCCAGAAAUAUGAAAAUUAAGGCCCACCAGUGGAUUUCAAGUUCUGGCAUCUUCCUGGUUUUGUCUUCCAUGGGUAGUAAUUGUGUUGUGAACUAGAAGGAUGUUGGCUAUGCAUUGAAGAUUACAAGAUGUUUGCUUCCAUGAAUAGAUUUUGUUUGUUGUGCAGCAAGAAGGUAGUCAACCCUGUGUGUUAAAGAUUACAAGUUCAAACCAAUCAGUGACGGUCUUAUCUAUGGAAAGGCAUUCAUGCCAUCAAGAUGCUGUGCACUGAAAAGAGGCAUGCUAAUGAUUAAUAAUUGCAUCAGGAUGACUUUUCUAAAGUGCUUUGUAUAUUGCUAACCUCGACAAAGAGUUGUGAUUGAUCCAGUCAAAGCCAGCAACACCAACCUCCCGAACAUCCAGUAUGCAUUUUUCUGUCCAAAGUUUUUCUCUGUACACAUGCAUACAACUUUUUCUUGACAAUUCAGUGUGCUCUGUUCCCAAAGGGACAUAGUGAACAUUUUUGGAAAAGUAAAUUAUGACAUUGGAUUACCAUAGCUGAGGUCGAUUUAUUCUGUCACAACUCUUUCUGUGACAUGACCUUGGUUCUUGUAUAAAAGAAUGAAUGCUCUUCUGGCAUUGAGCUUCAUCAAAACUUGGGUAUCGUUUCGUAAAGACUUUUU